AUGGAAUCUGUGGAUACGAAGGAAAAGAACGAAACCAUUCCGGUUACGUUCGAUUCAGACAACUGGACGAGAUUCUUUUCCAUUCGCAGGUCCACGAACAAGGUGGUGAUUCUUCUCAUAUAUAUGGUCGGUUUUUCUGAGGGGCUGUUACACCUUUCGAACUUGGCAAUAUAUUACAUGUUCAAAGACGACUUUGGACUGUCGCCGGCGCAGCUGUCGCUAGUCUACGCCAUCCCCUACAUUCCCUUCAUCAUCCGCCCUUCCUUGGCCUACUUGACCGACACUGUGCCCAUAUUUGGAACGCGCAGAAGACACUACCUGCUUUUUAACAGUCUGGCACAGUCAGCUAGCUUUUUCUUCCUCGCGGCUGUGCCGAACACCCUCAUUCUCUCAAUACUUGUGUUAUUUGUGGUUUUUUUCACGCUCGCAUUUUGUAUGACUAUCGCAGAGGCUCUCGUUGUCGAGAACAUAACAGAAAACAGGGAUAACUUGAGCGGCCUGUUGCUCUCAAGGGCCUUCUCCACACUGCUGGUAUCCUACUUCUCAGGAUCGCUUCUGGAAAAGCACUCCAAGCAGAGACUUUUUUUCAUAACGGGGUUCUUUCCCCUGCUCAUUAUGGCAGUUGCCUACUUUAUGAAGGAGGAGAACGAGCCCGUUGUGUUCGAAUCGCACCCUAUGAAGGACCUUGUCAGCUUCCUCAAGCAGCCGGUUAUUCUCCACCCGUGCCUGUACCUGUUCCUGGUGGUCUCUACUCCGGGCUACCACGACGCAUUCACGUAUUACACGAUCGACGUGCUCGGCUACAGCCCGUCGUUCAUGGGAGUGUUGAGGCUCGUCUACGCCGCCGCAGUCAUACUGGGGAUCGGGCUCUACAGGUUUUUUUUCAAGGAAGCCUCAGUGAAGAAAAUAUUCUUCUGGUGCUCACUCAUAGCAAACUCGUUUUACGGCCUUCCACUCCUCGUCAGCUCAGGGCUGAGUGCGAAGAUGGGAAUACCGGACAAACCAUUAGUGCUAUGCAGUGGCUUCCUGACGGAAGCAGUGUUUGAGAUCAAGUCGAUGCCGUUCCUGACAUACACAACCAAAGUAACGCCCAAGGGCCUGGAGGCGUCAGUGUUUGCGUCAAUUCUGACCUUAAAGUCGGUAGGUGUUGUGAUCAGCAAACUAUUAACCUCGCUUUUCACAUACCUAUUUGGAAUAACCAACCACAACUACGACCACAUGACCCUUUAUAUCGUGUUUUGUACCACAAACCUUUUUAUAGUUAUGAUUUAUUUGCGGAAGGUGCCAAGCAAAGAAGUAAUGGAUUUGCUGGUAACAAAACAGAACAUGGUGGACAACCCAGAACACAGGAGGGGAAAACUGGAAGAAAGGCAUUUAAUGAGUGGUAGUACGAACUCCAAUAUGAGGCACUACGAUCACGAGUAA